CAAUAUUUGUAGUUAUAUGUAUUUCCAUAAUAUAAUACUUUUAAUGUUAAUCUUGCUCUAAAUUAUAAUCAGCAUCAUGUUUAAUUAAUAUUUUAGAAAAUAUCACAAGAUAUUUGAUCUUAACUUAUGCUUAGUAAUAAGCGAUGUUUCUUGUGCUGCUAAUAACAUUUCUUCUAAAAUGAUUAUUGAUUAUUAUUUAUUUCACGUAUUUGUAUACAUUUUUUGUAAAUAAAGUAUACUUCAGUAUCUAAACAGAAGUAUUUUGCAUACUUCAGCAAAUAGUAUAAGUUGUGAAAGUAUUUUACACUAUAGCGCAUGCGUUAUUAAAUCUGAGACGUAAACUAUCGUUUCUCUCUGCGUACGUCGAUAGUUUUGCAUAUUUCUUUUAACAAAAUUGAGUGUCUGUUAAUUUUUAAUUUAAAAUAUAUUUUAAAUACAAACAAUUCGAAAACUACCGCGUUCAUCUUAAACUUUAAUUUCAUCGAAAUACAUUGACUAUGUUAACAGUUACGAAUAAAAGUGGCAACAUUGCUUGUCGCUUGUUUAGGUUGCGGUGUUGCAGAUACUCGAUGAACGAGUAUCACAGUGUAUCUUCGUUUCUGGCAUUUAUCGUAAAUAUAACGUUUUUUUAUAAGACAAAGAGCAUGUUCAUCACUGAUUGAAGACUUUCUGCAUUAUAACAUAACGUUACAAAACAUUAAAUGAAUAGUUUGUGAUAUUGUCAUAUUAUCAUGGAUGUAAGAAAUGAUCUAUUACAUUCUUCUGACUCUAUGCAUUCUUUGUCUUGUAUUAAUACACAUAAUAUUGAUGAGUUAUCAAAAGAAAAAGAAGAGGAGCUAUUAUAUGGUACAGGUGAUGAUGGUGAUGAAGAAGAUGCUCUUUCAGAUGAUAGUAUGCGUUUAAGACUCUCUGAUGAUGAGAUUGAGACAGAAGAUAUUUUAACUUCUGUUUUAAAUAAUCAAGAAAAUACAUCAAAAAUAAAUGAAAAUGAAAUGACAUCUACAAAAACUGAUAUGGAAAUUUUAUCUAUUCAAGAAAAAAAUAUUAUAAAGAAGAAUGUAGGUGGGAAGAAGGAGGAACAGUGUUCAGAUAAUGAUUCUAUGGAUGAAAAGAUAUUAAUUGAUUAUGAAAAAAUUGUUAAAAAAGGAGAAAAUGAGGAAACAAGGAAAUCAGGAACAGUUAAUGUUUCUGCUCCAUGGCAAAGUUAUCAAUCACAAUAUAGAUCUCCUAACAGUCAUUCUUUUCGUGGUAUCAAUCAAAGAUUCCGUCAUAUGACACCUAGAGGACGUAGAUUUCAUUCGUAUGACUAUAAUUUGAGAUUUUAUAGUGGUUUUCCUCUCUUUGAACGAGGAAGAAGUAAUGGGAUAUUUCAUUCAUACAGAUCAAUUCAUGGUAGUAGAUAUCAAAAAAAAGGCUUUAGAUCUAAUACAACGCAAAAGCAAAAUAGAUCGACAGAUCUAUAUCAAUAUGAUCAAAAUUCGACAUCUUCAUCAAAAAAAAAUAUAUCUUCAAAAUCUCAAGAUAAUGAUAUUGAAAUUAUAAACAUUAAUGAUAACAAGACAAUAGAUAAAGCUAAUACAUUAUGUAGUGAGCCUUUAGUUAAUAGCAAGAAUGAUCAUUCAAAUGAGUCAUUGAAUGAAGAAGUAGAGAACAUUUCUGCUAAAAGUUUCAAAGAAAAAAGUAUUGUUGACACACAUUUUGCCAAUAAUUCAUUAGAAUCAAAACAUAAUUUGGAAGAAAAUUCAGAGAUAAUAUCAUCUAAUGACACUAAAUGUAAAGAUGUUACAGUUCAUACUUUGAAUGAUAAUUUCAGUGAAAAUUCUGCACAUAAUUCUUAUGAUGAUAAUAGCAGCAACCAAAAAAAUGAAAUAAGUAAAAAUGAUAUAAAUAAUACAAAUAGUUUUAAUGAUUUUUGUAUUUCUGACAAUUCCAAAAAAGUGGAAGCAUUGAACAUAAAUAAAAAAUGUGAACCUGAUAAAGAUGAAACUAUAAAACAUACUGAAGAAAAAAGUAAUCAAGAACAAAAUAAAAGUAUAAAUAAUGAAGCACAAAAUAAAACAGUUGAAACAAUUGAUACAAAUAAAAAUAAAGAAAAUAAAGAAAUUUAUGAGUUAAAAGAACAAGAACUUAACAGGAAUGAAGAAUUAACAGAUCUCAGUCAAAAAAUAGAUUUAUCUGGAAACAAUUGUAAGAUUACUGUUUUAAAUUCUUUAAAGGAAAAAGAAACAGUAAAUAAUGAUAUAGUAUUAAAUGAAAAAGAUACAGAUCAUAAGAGAGAAGAAAUUUUUAAAAAUAAAAAAAAGGAAAUUUUAUUUGAAAAUAUAAAAUUAAAAGAAAAUCAUGAAAACAGUAAUUCUAAAUCGGCAACUAUAUUAAAUGAUGUAAUUAAUGAUAAAAAUAACGUAUCAGAAAAGCCACUUAUUGAGAGUGAAAAUUGUAAUAAUCAAUUAAAAGGUAGUGAUAAUAGUACAAAUUCUAUUAAAAUUAAUAAAUCGAGUUCUUCUGAAAAACAACUAACUCAUCCUAAAAUUGAUCUUUGGAAAAAAAAUAAAGAUAUUGAAAAAGAUAUAAAUUCUACAAAAAAAGAAAAUUCAAUAGUAACUUCUACAAGUAAAACAAAUGAAAACACCGAAUUGACGUUAAAUAAAAAUAAUUCAUCUAGUAUAGAAUUAAAAAAUGAUUUAUUAGGUUUUGUUACUAAUACAAAAAAUAAUGAUAGUGAUAAAAGAUCUGUUAAAGUUCUUGUGACUACUCAAAAAAGAAGAAGAAGAUCAAAGAAAGAAAUUCUUGCAGCACAAGGAACUAUUUGUGAAGAAGGAAAACAAGUAAGGGAAAGUGGAAGGCAAAAGAGACAAACAGCUAAAAACGCAGAAGAAAUAAUAAGAAAAAAAUUUCUUACUUAUGACAGUGAGGUAGACUCCAGUGAUGAUUCAGAAAAGUUUGUACCUGUAAAUUAUAAAAUGAAUCAAGAUGCACGUCCUUUAUCACCACCUUCAUUAAAAAGGAUUUAUUCUGAUAAUGCUGAUAAUUCUAUUAUAAAUGGUGGUGUUAAAAAAAUUAAAACAAAUUUUGAAGAACGAUGUGAUGAAUCAAAAACGGAAGAAAAUAAUUCUGAAAAUAUUAAAAAACUUAAGUAUAUUCAUAAAUUUUUUCAAAGAGAUUUAAAUGAAAAACUGCCAAAAUUAAAGCAGGAAGAAUUAGAAGAACUUCUGAUACAAAAAAUUGUCGAAACAAUUACUAUGCGCGACGAAAUUGGUAAAUUAAGAGAACAAGCACGUAUAUCGGAAAAAAAUCAAGAAGUAACUCGUGCAAAAUGUCAACAAUUAGCUAAACAAAUUAAAGAUUUUGAAAUGGUAUUAAGCCGUAAUGCGGCAGAUCGACGUGCGAAUAACGACAAAUCUAUUCCACCAAUUAAAAUCAAUAGAUCUGUUGGAUUACAAGUUAAUUUUAUAACGGAUCAUGGAAUGCAAAAUUUGAGGCAAUUACAACAAAAUUCUAAUAUGAAGUCUUUAAAUGUUUCAAGUAAUAAUAAUACAUUAAAUACUUCUAUUAAUGAAACAAAUAAUGCAUCCAGUCCUAGGAGAGGUAUUAAAAUAAGAUCACCUAGGAGAACUGAGCCAAUAAUUGGACAAACUCUUGGAGUAUCACAAAAUUCUACUCAAUCUCCAAAUAUUAUGACUACAAUUACUCCUGCAGCUUUAGUUGUUGCUAAACCUGUAGAUACUCAGCAUUCUUUAACAUUAUCUAAUCAAUCUAAUGUUCAACAAAUUAUGUCAAAUCCACAAGUACAAUCACAACAAUCACAGCAAGCUAUAGUUUUAAAUGGAAAAUUUCCAAAUCAGAUAAAUCGUCAAGGAACAACUACAACAAAUAUCACAAAAUCUCACGCAAAUGAUUUAAUUGAUCUCACAGAUGAAGAAGAGAAAAACAAAACUACUGGUAUACCAGUUGUAACAACUACAGUAACUGAUCAACAAGUAAAUUUAACACAAAAAACACAACAGCCUUGCUUUCAAAGAGUUAUUCAGACUAUUCCUGGGAAUGUAGCCAUAACAAGUCAACCUCCUAGUAUAAGAGUAGUACAACCUGCUAGUCAACCAACACCUACUGCCUUAGUGCAUCCUGCACCUUUACCAGAUAUACGGAAUUAUGCUGCAAAUCCUCUUUGGAAACUUCCACCGCCAGCUCCUUCAUUAAAAAUUUCUAAGGUUGCACAUGGCAUAGUAUUAUCUUGGAAUAUGAAUUUGUCGGAUAAGCAUGCAGAUAUUGUUAGUUAUCAGUUGUAUGCAUACCAAGAAAUUGCUGGUGUUCCUCCUAAUACAUCAUUAUGGAAAAAAGUAGGCGAUGUUCGAGCUUUGCCACUGCCCAUGGCAUGUACACUUACGCAGUUUUCUGAAGGCAAUAAUUAUUACUUCGCAGUUCGAGCAGUUGAUACACAUUCCCGGAAAGGACAGUAUAGUAUACCCGGAAACAUUUCUUUAUAAAGUAUACGAUAAAUUUUAAGUUAUAAGUCAAUGUUAUUUUUAACGCACAGUUAUAACAAUUCAUGACUCAUGUAACAACAAAUCCCCCUUUUACAUUAUCGUUUAAUUUAUUACAUUCAUUAUGUGUAAGAUACAUUUAAUGGAAUUACAGAAAUGUUUAUAAUGGUUAAGUAUGAUGUAUAGACUACACAUACAUACAAACGAAUUUGUUGUAUAGUAGUAAAUAUCCAUUUAAUUGUAAGUAAUUCAUACAAUUCUUGAUAACUAUGAUAUAAUUAUAGCUAACGUAUUUUUUUUGUUCUUUUUUAUAUAUUACUUAGUUUAUGAAAUCAAAAAAUACAAAUUUUAAUUUUGACAGUAUUUAGUUUACAUCCUUACGUCUUUGCUCACAAAAUUUCGUGCCAUGUCUUAUAAAUUUCGUGCCAUAUGUACUAUCAUUUAAUAGUAUUAUAGAUAUUAUUGUAUACUGUCAUUUCUUCAAAUCUCUAAUAGUAUACAGUAAUUAAUCAUUAAACACAUUAAAUUAUUUUGAAUUUUAAAUAUCGAGACAAAAACAAGACAAAAUACUCUAGUCACAAUGAAUUUUUGUAAUAAUUAUUUCAAUUUACCUUUCAUAAAGACUGUUACAGUUGGAAUCUAUACACUUGUAUAAAUCUGCUAUUGAUAUUAUUAUGAAAGUGUUCAUAAAUAUUGCUUCCCUCUGUUUUAUAUAUAAAAUAUCAUUUAUUUUCAUCUUUGAUUAAAUUUACUUCAUUUUCAUUGUUUCUUAUAGUACAUAAAUCUUGCUAUAUAUCAUUUGCUCAAUUUUGAUACAAUUGUAAUAAAUUUUAAAUGUUAAAUAAUAAAAUACUCCAUAGAUUUUGUGACAACAAACUUUGUGAGAACAAACUACGAAUCACUUUAUAUUAGUAUGUAAAUAUUAAUGUUUA